CUUCAGCAGACUGGCUGUUACGUCUGUUUCUCUCAAUUGGCCUCUGUGAUUCAGCAUUAUCGCUCUUUACACGGCCUGGUCUUUGCUGGUUUGCGAUAAUAAAGGGCAAUCUCAUUUAACACCGCGGCUCCGAUAUGCCAGACCCUUUCUUCUCCGCACCAAAAUCUCGGAAACGCAAGCGGUCUGUUCCUCAAGAACGCGGCUCGUCAGCCUCCAAAAAGAGCCGGCCAGUCAAUGGAAAAGUUGUGGGGAAGGGCAAGCAGAGGGCCGGCGCUGCGCUAGGCCAGAAGAAGAAGCGGGAUGAGGAGCUGUCUGACGAGACACAGGAUGAGGACGAUGGUGGAGGAAUCGACGAGAUGGACCUGAGGGCGCCGGAUGUUAAUGCUGCUGCGUACGAAAGUGGGGAUGAGGACGAGGAUGAGACUCCGGCAGAGAAGAGGUUACGACUGGCGAAGAUGUACCUUGAUGGAGUGAAGCAGGGAUUGGGUCUAGCGGAUGGGGAAUUUGAUGCCGCAGAAAUUGAUAGAGAACUCAUUUCCUCACGAUUAAAGCAGGACGUCCUAGAGCACUCUGGGAAGAUCCAUCUGUUUGUUGCAGACAGCUACGACCUCGCCAACCCUCCGUUACUUCGCACCCGUGGACACCAUUUCUCCGCGACUGCAGCAGUCGCGUCCACGGACGGGCGGUGGCUUUUCACCUCAGGAAAGGACGGAUCCAUCAUCAAAUGGGAUCUAUAUACGGGCCGGAAGUCACAUGUUUUCCACAAAAUCAAGCCAGCUAAAGAUAAGGGGAAGGGAAAGGCGGUGUUUGACGUGAAUGGGCAUACAGACGAAGUGUGGACUAUUGCGUUGAGCGUGGACGGGAAGUACCUCGCAAGUGGAGGAAAGGAUAGACGCGUGGGUGUGUGGGACGUCGAGAAGAACGAGUGGGUGAAAGGUUUCAGCGGACAUCGAGAUCAUAUAUCCGCUCUAGCGUUCCGAAAAGCACCAUCAACGGCUUCCACCUCGACACAACUCUACUCGGGAUCUUUUGACCGUACGCUGAAGCUCUUCGACCUCUCUUCUAUGGGGUACGUCGAGACGCUCUUCGGUCACCAGGCGCCGGUGCUUUCUCUCGACGCAUUGCGAGGCGAGACGGCUGUGAGUGCAGGCGGACGAGACAAGACGGUGAGAUAUUGGAAGAUCCCAGAGGAGACGCAGCUCGUGUUCAGAGGUGGCGGUCGCAGUCGGUGGUUUGACGACCUGGAGGGACUGGAGGAGGAGGACGGAGAGGAAGACGGGGCGAAGCCAAGGAAGAAGCGAAAGGGAGAGGGCAGGUCGGAGACAAAAUUCGUCGAGGGAAGCAUCGAAUGCGUGGCGAUGAUUGAUGAGAGUAUCUUUGUGAGUGGAGGGGACAGCGGGUCCAUCAGCUUAUGGACAACACAAAAGAAAAAGCCGGUGUUCACGCAGGGGCUUGCUCAUGGGAUAGACGAGUCGCAGGUGGACACCGAAGAUGUCGACAUCGUGCGAAAACCGCGUUGGGUGACUGCCAUCGGUUGCUUGCGGUAUUCUGACACUUUCGCUUCUGGUUCUUGGGACGGCGACAUUCGCCUAUGGAAGCUCGAAUUUAAGCUCAAGUCGUUCUCUCUCAUUGGAAGCAUUGCUGCACUUGGCGUUGUGAACUCGUUGCAGUUUAUCACGCCUCCGAAAGAGUUUUUCGAACACGCGGAGUGGUCACGCCCACAGGCGUCCACAGAUGCUGCCGCAGUGAACGGCAAGAAGCGCGAUGCCUCUGCUCCUGUGGUGUUAGUGGCCGGGGUGGGGAAGGAGAUGCGGUUCGGGCGGUGGGUACAGAAAAAGGGUGAUGGGGUGAUCAAUGGUGCUUUGUUAGUUGCACUACACCCACGGACGUUGGAUGGUUGCUGAUCUGUGCGCUAAUUGUUUCGACCACGAUUACUGCCGAUGCUCUGGAUGGAGCCUUGCAUCUUUGCGCUAGAAUCAUUCGCUUAGCACUCGAGGAACUUCCUAUAACUGCGUUCCCACCAUGAAGCUCUCCAAUGGAAGUAGUGGCAAUUAGUACGGCGAG